UGCUGCCCUCGGGGACCCAGGAAGCCCCUGAACAUCUUGUUUUGUGCCAUGUGAGAGCUAUACAUGACAGAAUGGCCAGAGGACCAGAGAAAUGGUUGUCUUUGAUUGGUUUCAUUCUCUUCUGUCUUAAAACGGUUGUUUCAGCAAAAAGAGCUCCUGAAAUACCUACUAUUGAUCAGGCAUAUUCAAAAAUCAGCAACAGUAUUACUGUAGAAUGGGCUACAGUGCCAGGAGCCACCAGUUACUUGCUCACGGCUGAAGAUGGGGACACAGUCAUUGAAACCAUGGUGGCCAAUUCCCCAGGCACUGUGACGGGCCUGAAGGCUGCAACAUUAUAUCAAAUCACCAUCAGAUCCAUCAGUGCUGCUGGGAGAAGCCAGGCAUCACCUCCAAAGCAGGCAAAGACAGUGUUGGCUGCACCAAUUCUAGAAGCAAGCUCUCCAAAUCCAGACUCCAUCCUUGUGCAGUGGGAAGCUGUGUACUUGGCAAUUGGAUUUUCUGUGUCCAUUAUGCAAGCCAAUGGCUUGGGUAGAAUUUGGAAAGAGAAUACUACAAACACUUCCUUGACCUUUAGCAAUUUAGAUGCUGGAACUCUCUACACCAUAAAGGCUUAUGCAUGGAAUGCCAAUGGAAUACCAGGGGAUGAUUCCACCUGCAAUCAGAGAACAAGUCCUCAUGCCCCUGCCAACAUUCAAGUCUCUUUUGACAGUGGGGCUCUGAAGGCAUCUGUUUCAUGGACACCGACAGAAGGAGCUUUCAACUAUACUGUGAUGGCCUUGAGUGACUCUUCUGAGCUUAGCUGUAGCACAAGUGUCAGUUCCUGCAGCAUCCCUUCCCUCCAGUGUGGAACUCAGUACCUGAUAUCUGUUUUAGCAAGUAAUGAUGCAGGAUUUAGCAAGUCCUCUUCAACGGUGAAUCUGAAGACUGUUGCUUGUGCUCCUGGAAGAGUGACAAUCCAAGAAGAUCCCCCGGGCCAUCUGUCUGUGGCUUGGUCCAGUGUUGAUCUGGGCGAUUACUACGUGGCUUUUGUCAAGAGUGAUGACGGCUUGGAAGUACACUGCAAUACCUCCCUCACCCAGUGCAAUUUCUUAUCAGAGUGUGGUUUCACUUAUUUUAUUAGUGUUUUUGCCUAUAACAAGGCAGGACAAAGUCCUUUGGGUGAUGUAUUCAAUUAUACCACAGCUCCCUGUUGUCCUAGUGACAUUAACCCUGUGUUGGUGUCUAGUGACAGAGUGGAGAUUGUCUGGUCUCCUGUCCGUGGUGCCGAACUCUAUGAAACCAAGGCUGUAGCUGGGCACAACGUCGUGGAAUGCAAUGACACUGCUACUGCUUGCACCCUCUCUGCUCUGGAGUGUGACACCAAGUACAAUGUCACGGUGUAUUCGUUCAGUGAAGUCCGAGGCAGCAACAUGUCAUGUACUUCCCACCUUAUCACUACAGGUCCUUGCAGUCCUGAGAUAAGAAAUAUUUCAAAGGAUGCAUUCUCCACAAUCAAUGUGCGCUGGCGAGCCACUAAUGAUGAUGCCACUUACACGGUGACUGCCCAGGGGGAGAAGGGGGUGUAUCGUUGCAGCAGCAAGGGAGAGGGCUGUACCAUGGGGGGCCUGCCCUGUGGCUCAGUGUUCUCUGUCACCGCUGUGGCUGAAACAGAGGUAGGACGGAGCCUGCCCAGCUACAGUAUGCCACUGGAAACAGUGCCAUGCUGUCCAGAUGGUCUGACGAUAACUCAAGUCACUCAGUCGGUAAUCAAUGUGAGCUGGAGUUUUGAGACAGUGGGCCAAACCUACGUGAUAGUUCUGGAGUCACACAUUGGACAGUCUAAGUGUCACACCCAUCAGAGUCACUGCCUCCUGGGAUGUAUCACAUGUGGUGUCAACUACACAGUGGCAUUAAAAGCAAUUAGUGCCUCUGGGUUGACUUCAGACUGCGCCUACCAAAGUUAUUUCUCUAGUGCCUGCUGCCCCUUGGGGGUGAAAUUAUAUAGAUUGGGCCCAAAUGGCAUUCGGAUCUACUGGCAAGUCUCCAGAGGCUCUGCCAAUUACAGCACUGACCUCUAUGGCUCCAAAGGCAUCUUCACAUGUGCCCCAAGGGCUGGCCUCAGUUUCUGUGACAUCACUGAGAUACGCUGCGGGGAUGUGUAUACUGUGAUGGUCUCACCAGUUGGUGAAACAGGACUGAAGCUUACCUUCUGUCCAAAAAAAAUAUAUUCAGUAACCUGCUCUGGAAGCACACUUGGAAUGAUGAUUUACAGAGGGAAGAGUGAUGCAGAAUGACACAGCAAGCCCUGAUAAAAACAGACUUGACCAAUCUUGUCUCAGUUGUUAGCGAGUAGAGAUGGAAAACAUCUAUUAGAAUAUAAAAACACUUCUAAGAUAGCAAAGAUUCUUUUGUCCUUGAGGAGGGUAAGUGACUGUCCCUCCUGACCGCAAGAUCAGGUGUGUCUCACCUGCCAAGGAGUUCCAGCUCAGCUGCAAAGAAGACCCUAGAGAAAUGGAUCCAGAAAGUCCUCUGGAAGUCUGCCAGAGGGAGCCAGCACACUGCCAGAGUCCUGGAGGCAGAAAAACUCUGCUCAGCAGAAAUUCUGAGAUUAAACAUCCAGAAACACUAUCGACUUCAACACAUCCACUUCAUGAGUGUUUUGUCAACACCAGCACUUGUCAUACAGCCCACUAGCCAUUCAAGGCUGGAGAUGUGCACUCCCAGAGAAGUCAAGCCACCCGCAUGAGGACAACGCUUAUCCUGAGACACACCUCUGCCAGGACUUCAGCUCAGGUCUCCGCAGCUAUCAGGGCAACCUGUGGUAACAAAUGCCCAUUCAUUGCAAGUUAGGGAGGAUGCUGAGCUGCUUGUGGGGUUUGCCCAGCCAAAGUGUCACAUGAUUUGACAUCUAAGGGAGUGUCAGGGAAAGCAUUGCUAGAAGGAUUGCAGUUGUGCUUUCUGGGUGAACAAGUGUCAGAUGGAGGGACAGCCAAAGGCAGAGCCUUGAGUUGUGACAGAAUGGAACAGGCACGUCUUUUCAGGGGGAAGGGUCAUCAAUCCUGUUGGCUGUGUUCCCCCUCUCCCACUCACAUUGUACUACUUUUUUCAUUGUUGGAGAGGAACAGCAGUGAUAUAUAAUGUAAAUCUGUUGUACUUAGAAAAAUGUUUGUCUUUCUAAUGCUAGGAACCUAAUUAAAAAUAGUUUGAGUGGGACUUUUGUAGCACACACACAUGCACACACGCACACAUGGCUAUGGUGUUUACUCCUCCCAAAGCAUGGCUAUGAAACCAGGGAUGUCCGUGGUUGGCAGGUUGGCAUGGCCCUUUUUAAUCUUCUUUCCUUUUCUGAGAUAAUCAAACUGUUCUCUGAGAAAGAAGGUGAUGUGGGACUGAUAGAUCUUCCCCCAGAGUAUUUGCACUUGAAAGGGAGAAAAACCAAAAGCACUGAUCCCCAGAAGUGAAUCUGAUGCAUCCAAGAGCACACACAGAGGAGGGCUAUGUUUCAUUCAGUUUUAUUCCUAAACACUGGUGAGUGAACAGGAGUUGGGUUGGGCUAGGUACAUCAGCAUCACUUGGGAGAAUCCAUUAUUUAUGUAGAUUCCUGAGCAUCACCCCUGGAGAUUCAAAUUCAGGUCUGGGACCAGGCCUGGGAAUCCAUUAUUUUUAACAAGCUCACCAAAUGAUUUUGACAUGUAGCCAAAUUUGGAAACGUUUUUCCCUUCAAUGGUGGAUAUUGAACCCAAGACCUCACACAUGCUAGGCAAGUACUCAAUCGCUGAGCUGCAUCCCCAGCCCCAGGUUUGGGAAUCUUCAAGGGUUUCCCUCCCUAAGCUCUUCCUUGAAUCACAGUUUCAGUGAUGGGAGGCUAAGAAGCUAUAGGCUUGAGGCUCGUGAGGAAAGACUGGUGAGAUCUGGAGGCUUCAGAGAAAGUCCACGCCCACUGAGGGCAGCCCUGAUGGUAUAGAACUUGGCUGCAUCAUGGAGAGUGGUCCAGGGCCCAUGUGAGACUAUGUGCUGAGCUCAGUUACUGACAAGGUGCACCCCCUGAAUGGAGCUGUGGCCGUGCCUAACUGGAAGAGCCAAAGACCCCAGGCAAAGGGCAAAUGGAAGGACAGGAUCGCUAGUCCCAGAGGGACCAUCUGCUUAGCUAGGCAUCUAAAGAUGAACUACUUGGUUAGAAUUCCAUAGAAUACAGUGUGGUCCACAUUGGGUGAAGAAGAAUUAAUUUAGUUAACAUAUGAUUUUAAAAGGAGAAGGGGAAAUAAUAUGUGCAUUUAUUUAAAAUGCUGAGCAACUGAAUCUAUUUAAAGUUGGUUUAAGGGAGGGCAGGGCUUCAGCUUCUAUUCCCAUAUAAACCUCAAAUCAAAAAAAAAAACAAGAACAAAACUACAAACAAUUCAUGACAACUUUAAGGUUGUUUUUAUUCCCCAGUCUCCUUUUAUUUUAUUUAUUUAUUUAUUUUGAUACUGGGGAUUGAACUUGGGACCUUGCACUUGAGAGGCAGGUGCCAGAACUACUAAGCUAAAUCCCCAGCUCCAGUCUCCUUUUCUUUCCUAAAAAUUGCAGAUCAUCCCACAAACUGCUCCACUGCUUUCUGUGUAUGUCAUGCCUGCUCCUGUUCCUACUCUAGCACUAGCUGUGCAUCCUUGGCAAGUAAUUUAACUGCAUUAAGUCUGUUUCCUUCUUACCUGUAAGGAUUGCUUUGAGGAUCAAUGAGAUUAUCUAGGUUGCAUGGUGAUGGCAAAUAAUAAUCCCUCAGUAAGUACUAGACAUUAUUAGUGGUAGUAGUCACUAACCAUUUUCACUGUGUGACCAACUUGGAACUUUAAAACUAUUGUUUCUUUGAAAACCCCUCUAGGAAUGUCUAAUGUACUGCCAGUGUACUCGAUGGUCAUGUCAUAGGGCUGUCAGCAACUAAAACUAUUGUUUCUUUGAAAACCCCUCUAGGAAUGUCUAAUGUACUGCCAGUGUACUCGAUGCUCAUGUCAUAGGGCUGUCAGCAACUAAACUGAUCUAAUUUAUGAUUGAUAUACUUUUAAGUCCCCAAAUAACUCUCUAAAUCGAUCUCUGCCUCAACUAAGUCUGAGCUCAAAUCACCUCCUCUGUUAAUCGGCUUUCAACAAUAAUUUUGGUUCUUAAAGUACUAAUAGCCCCUUCUAUACGUUUGUUGCACACACUUGUUGAACGGUGGUUCUAUUGGCUAAUUUACUGUAUAUUCUAUCAAGCUAUCCACUUUUUCAAUCAAUGUUUACCCACAGCCUGCUCAGAACUGUGCUCUUUAUUAAUUAUACUAUAAAUUCUU